CAUGCCGCGCCGGGGCCUGGUGGCUGGGCCAGAUUUGGAGUAUUUUCAGCGUCGCUAUUUCACGCCGGCGGAGGUGGCCCAACAUAACAGGCCCGAAGACCUCUGGGUGUCUUACCUGGGACGCGUGUACGACCUAACGCCAUUGGCACAGGAAUACAAGGGGAACUUGCUGCUAAAACCCAUCGUGGAAGUUGCGGGCCAGGACAUCAGUCACUGGUUUGAUCCAAAGACCGGAGACAUCCGCAAGCACAUAGAUCCGCUGACCGGCUGCCUGAGGUAUUGUACCCCGCGGGGCCGCUUUGUGCACGUUCCGCCUCAGCUGCCCUGUUCGGACUGGGCCAACGAUUUUGGGAAGCCCUGGUGGCAGAGGUCGUAUUAUGAGGUGGGGCGGCUGUCUGCCAAGAGCCGGAGCGUCCGCAUCAUUAACACACUCACGUCGCAGGAGCACACACUGGAGAUGAAGGAGCUGAGACUUGAGGGAUAAACAGCUUGCCCAGUUAUUAAGUGGCAACAGCUUGGAUUCCCAGUGCUACCUUUUUCUGCCUUCUAGAAGCUUACAGUUUAGUGGGAGAUUCAUGAAAGUUUGUGAGUCUCUUAACUUGUUAUCCUGCUUCAUUAUUUACAUAGUAGCCAGGGACUUUUAAAGUUCCCAUGUUAAAAGUCUUCAAAGACUACCUACUUCUCUUAAGAUGAACUUAGAAACCCUAGUCCAGAAGGUAAGAUUUGGCUCUUCCGGGCUCUUGUUUGUCUCCCAGGUUGGCCUUUCAGUUUCUGAAAUGCCCCCAAAGCUUUGUGUCAGAGCCUUCUUACCUGCUGUACCUCUGCAUGCAACACUCUAUCUGCCACUCUUCAGUUGGCCACCUGGCUCCUUAAAGUUGCUUACAUGACACUUUCUCUGAUACCUACAAUUAUGUUAAGUCCCUUAAUGUGCCCUCCCCAGGGUGCUCUGAAACUUCAUAAUUAUAAUUAAAAUAUUUACAAUAAUUCACUGUUUAAUGUCCAUUUUCUUCCCUUCUUAGACUGUAAGCACCAUGGGGGCAGGGACCACAUAGCUUCUUUGUGAAACACCCAGCAUCUAGCCCAGUGCCCAGCCCAGAGCAGUCACUCAAUAAAUAUAGAAUGAACAAAUAGUUGGUGAAUGCUACAAAAGAGCUAGGUGUGAAACACAUAUCAGGAGCACCUAACCCAAUCCUGGUGGGGGGAUCAAGCCUUCUGGGGAAGUAUCAUUUCAAACUAAGGUUUAAAGGACAAGGAGGAGUCAGUCAAGUGGAGAGGAAGAGGACAAGGGAUAGGUGGAGGAGAGAAUGCUUCCUGUACAGAAUAAAUAGGAAAUGCAAACGUAGAUUUGAGAGAGUGUGGAUAGCUUGCAGGCAGAAGGAACUGCAGCUUGGUAAAGCUAAGAGGAACAUGGGAGGCAGGGGGAAGGCAGCCAGUGAGAGAUGUUGAGCCAGACCAAAUCACAGAAGGCUUUGUAAACCAGAUUUUUUUUUUUUAUUGAGACAUAAUUCACAUACCAUAAUAUUCACCCUUUUACAGUGUACAAUUCAAAAUUGUGGUUUGUUUUUGUUUUUUGAGACAGAGUCUUGCUCUUGUUGCCCAGGCCAGAGUGCAAUGGCACGAUCUCAGCUCACUGCAACCUCCACCUCCUGGGUUCAAGCAAUUCUCCUGACUCAGCCUCCUGAGUAGUUGGGAUUACAGGUGCCCACCACCAAAAUGGGCUAAUUUUUGUAUUUUUAGUAGAGACAGGGUUUCACCAUGUUGGCCAGGCUGGUCUCAAACUCUUGACCUCAUGAUCUGCCCGCCUUGGCCUCCCAAAGUGCUGGGAUUACAUACAUGAGCCACUGUGCCAGAGUUAAGGGUUUUAUAGAGAGAAUCCCAUGAUCAUAUUUGCAUUUUAAAAAGGUGACUUGACUACAAUGUCAAGAGAGGGAAAUGAAGGAGGGAAAGUGGAGACAGAGAGACUGGCGCUAAUGCAGUAGUCCAGGAGAGAGCCGAAGGCAGCCAGAACUAGGUUAGUGGCAGUGGAGAUUUGAGAAGAUGAACUAAAGUUAAGAGAGAAUUGCAGGACUUGAUAAUUUGGGCAGGGGUCUAAGGCAAAGGGAGGAGUCAAGGAUGACACCUGUGUCUGGCCUGGAUGGUGAGUCCACUGGCAGAAAAAGGGACUGCUGGAAGAGGACUUUGGGAAGGAAAGUGAUGAAUUUUUAGUUAGCUAUAUGAGGUAACUCUGGGGCAUGCAGGCACAUGUCCAGAUCUUACUGGAUAUAUAGGACUGCAUCCUGAAAGACAGCUCUGGGCUAGAGUUAUAGGUGAGGGAAUUAUUAGCAGAUAGCAACUGUAGACAGUCAAAGAUCACAUCCCCUUAAGGGCAAAGUGUAAAUUAAGCAGAGUUUUGGGGAGGAACACUAUCAAAGGAAGGGGAGGAGAAAAGAACACUGGAAAGGAAGGCUAGAGAGGUGAAAGAGGCCAAGCAGGGAAUGUAGCCAUGGAAGCCAGAGAGAGCAUGGAAGAGAAGGGAGUGGUAAACACUAUCAAGUGCUGCACAUACGUCAAGUAAGAUGAAGCCCUGAGUGACCAUGGAUUUAGCAAACAGCAGGUCAAGAUGGCUUUGUUAGAGAAGCCAGGCUGUAGCUGGACAAGGUAGGCAUGGGAUAUUCUUAGAAGAAAUCCAGCUGCAGAAAGAAGGAGGGUUCUGGCUUUAUAACCAUGCACAAAAUACUUACCUUCCUUUAGAUUCCUUCAACCUUAAAGUACAGAUUAUAGAAAAUAAGGUGACAGUAGGGCAACAAACAAAACCCAGGACAUGGUCACCCUAAAAAGAUGCUACCUUUUAGUAUUGUUGAGAAGAUUAAUUAAGGUAUGGGAACCUGCCCCGUGCUAUGAAGAGUCCUUGGAAAAGACACUCAGAAAACCUUCGUUUUCUUUCCCAUUCCUUGUGCUAGCCAUUCUUUAUUUAGUAAUCGAUCCUCCCCUCAGGAUUUUGAGAGUUGGCAUUUUUCAGCAUCCAGGUAACAUCUGUCAUGAUUAGAAAAUUAACAGACACUAUCUGUGACUAAUAUUCAGUUUCCAACCUAACAAUCGUGUUUGUUCCUCCAUUAGAAGUUUUUGACCAACUACAAUAUGGUUUGUUUCAUAUCAUGCCAGAAUUGAGGUUCUUUAUACAGUGAUGGAAAGCAAGGGAAUGGGGCCAACUACUGGGAGAAGAGUAACUAAAGUCAGUCCUUUGCUCCUAAAGCAAUUUAAGGUGCUACUCAUACAUCAGGUUGUGAAUCUUCUCACCUUGCAAUCAUCUUAAGUGAAUCUCUGAAGAGAGGAGUGCUAACAGUAAACUCGAUGGUUUAGAAUAACAGCUACCAAUUAUUAAAUAUUAUAGCCAGUGCUUUAUGUGUGUUAGCUCACUUAACCCUCACCACAACCCUUUGAGACAGCCAUUAAUAUUGCUGUU